GUGUGGCGGUCUGUGGGCUGGCGUCUCGUCGCUCUCUCUCUCUCUCUGUAUGGUCUCCUGUACCUGUAUGAGAAACUGACCUGGACUGACAUCAGCAGGGAGCGUGUUCUGAAGCAGCAGUUUGUGGAGCACGCCGCCCGCCGCCUCAGAACCGUCAUCCCCGUCACAAGCUCCGCCUGCAGUCAGCAGGUGUGCAAGGAACUGAUGGCGACGUUCAGCCGCCUGAGUCAGAGAGUCGACCUGAGCGAAGCCGAGCUGGAGGGAAACGUCCGACAGCUGAGCCUCAGGAUCCAGAGACUGGAGAACAUCCAGAGGAGGUCGAAGGCCUUCAGGAACAGAGCCACAGAGCUGGAGACUCAGCUGGAGGACUUCUCUGUUCGGUACCUGCAGGCAAACUGAAGAAUUACACCUGGACAGUGUUCUGCUGAUGAGCAGCGCCCCCUGCUGACAGAAUCAGCAGACCAGCCGCUCAAACGGAGACGAGGAAGACUCUGACGUCAGUGUUUCUCACAGAACAGAACCUGUGGUCAGACACUGCGUGUGCCUGUAGGGGGAGCACUAACCUGUUCUAACGAACAAAUCACACUGGUCCUUUAAAGAUCAAAGGGAUUUCGUGACGCUGCUGUGUCCUAAUAUUUUCAUAUAAAACUAGAAACUGUGUCUUUCACAAAAUACACAAACACACAAGUAACACACACAUACACAAACCAAUAAAUACAAACUAUCGAAACCAGAAACAAAUAAACACAUGGAUGGUAAUAAGUAGAAAAAUGAGAACUAAAUACUUGAAUAUUUUAUCUGAUACUUGAAAAUAUACUCUGGUUGACAAAUAGAUGAUUGUUGAUCGAUUGAGCAUUAACUCAGAGAACUGUAGUUACUCACAGUUAUGAGUCAUUAAUGUGUUGCUCUUGAUGUUUGUUCUGAUCAGAACUUUUAUUUUGAAUAAUCACGAGUUUCACAUCUGAUACAAAAUAAAUCUGUGUUGUUGAUUUGAUUUUGUUCCAGG